UUUUGGAGACAACAACAGGAUGUCAUCAUUUAAAAAGAACUGGCAGUGUUUGGGGAGAGACAACAGAGGGGGGGGAAAAAAAAACAUUUGACCCUCUUAAGUUUUUCCCCACAUCUGUUUCCCAGAUGGACAGCAUUUACUGCUAUAUCUCGGAACAGCUCCGUUUCGUCACGUCCUGUAAACAUGAUAUGAUAACUUAUCUCUCUAUAAGCCCAUAAAGUUAUGUCUUUAUUCUUGGCAAUAGAUACUGUACAUUUGGACUCAAUUUUAUAUCAAUAUCUAAUAGUGUUUAUAGAUCAUGAUCAAUAUAAUUCCGACUUUAUAUGAGUGGACAAAAGCUGUUGUUAGAGAUACAAUUGAGCCAUUGGAUGUUCCCUGGGUAACACGAGAUACCGAGACAUACUCCCAGAAAGACCCGUGCAAGUUAAUAAUUGGUGAGCUUUUGGUGCAGUUCUCAUUACACACAGUGAGCAAGUCAGUGGACCUUCCGCACGCAUUGGAUAUACACGUGGGUGAGUAUUCCCACAGCGAAGAAUGAAACAGAAAAAAUAUACAAUCCAGAUUUUCCCACUUCCUCAUCUUUAUUGUGAAAUGGGCCUUAUCUGCAUACGAGUGUCUUGUAUCAGCAGAAGAUUCACUGAACCGCUAAAAUGGAUAAACCACAGAAUGCCGAGUCGCCUGAAAAGAACCGGCGCGACAAAAAGAAGCGGGUCACGUCCUGUCUGCUAAGUGCAGCUUUUUUCGGUGCCUUGGGCUCGUCUUUCCUUUAUGGCUACAACCUCUCUGUCGUCAAUGCUCCGGCACUGUACAUUAAAGCUUUUUACAAUCAGACAUGGAUGGAGAGAUAUGAUGAACCGGCCGGAGCAGAGACAGUCACACUACUUUGGUCCAUCACAGUCUCCAUAUUUGCUAUUGGGGGCCUUUGUGGAACACUUGCUGUCUCUUGGCCAAUAAAAACAUUGGGAAGAAAAGGAACCUUGUUACUGAAUAACAUCUUUGCUGUGAUAGCUGCAUUGCUGCUGACCUUCGGAGAGAGGGCCCGGUCCUUUGAGAUGCUCAUCAUAGGUCGAUUCAUCAUGGGAGUGGACUCUGGUAUAGCUCUCAGCGUACUACCAAUGUAUCUUGGAGAAAUUUCCCCGAGAUAUAUCCGGGGUUCCAUCGGUCAGUUCAACUCAAUUCUGAUCUGUCUCGGAGUGUUUGUCGGUCAGGUGCUGGGUCUACCUGAGCUGUUGGGCCAGGAAUCGAGGUGGAACUACUUAUUUUCCUUCCUGGCGUUGCCCGCAGUGCUACAGCUCUGCAUUCUGCCUUUCCUCCCAGAAAGUCCUCGUUACCUACUGAUUGAGAGGAGGGAUGAGGCUGCAGCCAAGAGAGCUUUUCAGAAAUUCCUUGGAAAAAAUGAUGUUUCUUUAGAAUUGGAAGAGGUCCACGCUGAGGCACGAGCUCAGGAAAAUCUCCACACGGUCUCUAUGUUACAGCUUCUGAAGAGUCGGGAGGUUCGCUGGCAGCUCAUUACCAUCAUAGUCACCAUGGCCAGCUAUCAGCUCUGUGGCCUCAAUGCCAUUUGGUACUACACCAAUGGGAUCCUUCAAGAAGCAGGCUUUACUCCAAAUAUUAUUCCGUACAUAACCCUCAGCACAGGAGGAAUAGAGACUUUUUCCGCAAUCAUCUCUGGUCUAGUGAUAGAACGAAUUGGGCGGAAACCUCUGCUCAUAUUUGGAUUCUGCGCCAUGGCAGUGUGCUUCAGUCUACUCACAGUGUUCUUGAAUUUUCAAGACCGUGUAUCAUGGAUGCCUUACCUCAGUUAUGCCUGUUUACUGGCAGUGAUUGCGUCCUUCUGCUCUGGACCAGGUGGCAUCCCGUUCAUCCUGACCGGUGAACUGUUUGAGCAAUCCUACAGGCCGGCCGCCUUCAUGAUUGCGGGGAUUGUGAACUGGCUGUCCAACUUUGCAGUAGGUCUCCUGUUUCCUUUUAUACAGGAGGUGCUGGGGCCAUUUGCUUUCCUGGUUUUUGUGGGCUUCUGCGUGGUGGCGGCUGUCUACCUCUUUAUCAUUCUACCUGAAACCAAACGAAAAACCUUCAUGGACAUAAGUCAGAGUUUUGCCAAGAUCAACAAAGUCCUGGUCUCCUCUACCAACCAUGAAAUGAAGCUCGUUCUGUGUACAGGGCAGGAUAAGAAUGGAAAAGUACAAAAUGACUUUAAGAUGGAGAGUUCUUUUUAAACUCAACUCUAAUUGUCUUGAAGGAGCAUUCAGAUAUAUGCUAUCAUUAUUUUUAUACAGAUUUAUCUUGUUAUAAAGAAAAUGUAAUGCUAAAUUAAAUUUUACAUGUAUUUUAUGCAAUUUUUUCGAUCUUAUUUUAGAUGCACGUAAACAUACAUUGCUUAACAAGAGCAUUAAACGACCACCCAAUCUCAAGGUUUAUGCCAUCCUAAAUUAACGGCAUCUAUAAUUACCAGAGUUUCUGUUUUCCUAUUAUCCAGAUGUGUCAAAAACCUUGAGUUUGGUUGGUGUUCAGCCGCUGUGUGAUGCUGGGGCAACUACUGUGUGUAAAAGAAGCUGACAGAUGCAGCUGAAAAUAUGCUAUGAGACGAGGGGGGGGGGGUUGGGAAACCCCACUUGUUCUGACAUGCACAGUUAUGGCGCCUCUCAAAAACCCAAAAGGCAAUUUUGCUACCCGGUGUGAGCUGGAAGUGAUCUGGAAGCAGACAUGCGUGAGAUAGGGAAGCGAAUGUAGUUCCCCCCUGGAGGAUUGGAUAUCUUCAGUAUUUAUAAACUUACUAGCUAGUACGAGGUUAAACCACAUAUGGCCACAGCCUUGUCUGCGUGCAAUAAAAGGAGUUUUGAGUGGGGCUUGUUUUGUUUGUUAAUCUGUCCAUUUUCCUCAUUCAACCCACUUACUAAAUCCCAGCCUGCCCUGGUUUUCUAGUUCUCCCUUUCACAUCCCUGUUGUCCUUGUGGACUUUGAUCACGAUCAUACCUUUAUUUCUAUUACAAUUAUUUAAUGAUGUUUUCCACAGACAAUUUUUAUGGCGUCAAACAAAUAAAAUUUCAUUUCUCGCUUGCA